GUUGUGUUCUCGUUAGUGUCUAAUCUCUUGAGACAUUUUUAAAUAGGUAUUUUGAUUUCUUUACCUUUUGCUGACAUUUAGAACUGUCAGAUUGAACAUACGAGUGCACGUAUCUGUGAUACCUUUGUAGAAGUUUCUACGGUAAACUUUUUUAUUUGUUGUAAUUCUAGUACAAAUUUAUGCACAAAUAUCUCAAACAUCUACAUUGAUAAGAUUUGCACCAUUACGUAAAUCAGUUGUUGCGGGCAGGAUUUUUUUUGUUUUGUGUUGUGAACAAAAUAGACUGAUGACGAUGAAGCUGGAAGUUAGUGACAGUCAGUCCAACCACUCUGACUUCUCUUGUGAUGAUAGUCAAUCCUCACAAGGGUCCUCUACAAAUGAUUUCAUAUCAUCGGUGCCUACAUCCAGGUCUAUGCUUACAUUGGCAAACCUCGAGGGCCUCCAGUCGGGGGUACCGACGCGCACCACGGCCACCAUAACGCCAACGCAGCUGCGCAACUUCGAGCAGACAUACAUAGAGCUGAACAACUGUCGGAGCGAGCAGGCGAACCACGCAGGCUUCGUGCCACCGUCAGUCACGCACGCCAAUAACUACGGCAUCCUGAAUUCGGUGGGGUACUGUGAUUCGGGCCCGACGACGACGCUGCAUGUGUCGCCGGGCCCGCUCUCCGCCAGCGGCGACAGUAGCAGCAGCCCCGGCUUACCAGCGCCGAAGCGACGAAACAUGGGCGGCAGAAGACCAACAAAGGCUCCGCAAGAUCUCUCCCCCGAAGAAGAAGAGCGUAGGAAAAUUCGCCGGGAACGUAACAAAAUGGCCGCCGCCCGCUGUCGCAAACGAAGACUUGACCACACCAACGAACUCCAGGAAGAAACUGAUAAACUAGAAGAAAAGAAACAGGCGCUUCAAGACGAAAUUCGCAAACUAGACGCUGACCGCCAAAAUCUUCAAAUUAUCCUAAACAAGCACCUUCCAUCGUGUCGUUUGAAAAAGAGACCUAUCAGUCCACCGGAUGUCAAACCUUUCCACGACAACCACUUUUACCCUGAAAUCCCAGAAGAUGGCGUCCGCGUUAAAGUGGAAACAAUGGAGCCCGCGGUUGACUUGUCAGAUAAUGUCAUGUUCCCAUCGCUGAUCCCAGACCAAAAAAUAAUGCUGUCGGCGGCGAAUCCAGCCGUGGUGACGAGUGGGACGCAAGAUACCCUGGACACUCCCCCCGCGAAUACACGCCCGACCAGGCCCAGCUUCUUACACGUGCCCAUACAUUCGAAUUCUUCACAGCCACACAAAGUGAAAGCGUUGGGCAACAAUAACACAGUGGCCGGCAUCGAGAUCACCACCCCCAGCAACGGGAUCCCGUUCAAUUUCGACAGCUUGAUGGAGGGUGGCACAGGCCUGACGCCGGUACACCCGCACCCGCACCCGUGUGGGCAGCAGCAGCGAGCCGCGCCCGAUGUCUCCUCGCCCGACGCACACACCAGCCUCGUCAGCCUCUGAGACUACCUCGACGCCGCCUCCCUGCUGUUCGACUUCGAAUCCUCGCUCCUAGACUAUGACGUCGCAGUGUGAGUUCGAACGCCAGCGUAACGUGUCUUUGGUAGUUUUGCAUUAGGACCGCUCGGAUCGCGCUGCGAAUCGGCUGGAUUAGUGUUAUAUUUAAUUUUAUUACUAUUAGUAUUAGUUAGAAUAUUGUGUACAUAAAUAAAAUGUACUUUUUACAGUUAUUUUUAAUUCUGUCAAAUUAUGACGUAAAAAAGCAUAUAGCAAUAUAAAUCAGCGUUUCUAAAACAGAUACGUUAGCGAUACCUAUCGAUAUCUGAAUGGAUUCAUAUACCCACAGGCGAUUCGCUCCGUGGAUCAAUUAGCAUAUAGUAUGAAACGCCCAAAGACACGAGCCGCUAGAGCAGUGGGAAGGCGCUUCGUGAAGAUUCUAUGUAGUAAGUUAAUGCGUGCCUUGCGCAGGUUGUUGGCCGGCGUCAGCGUCAGACGCGCGCCGGCCUUAUCGAACCUAGUUCGUGUAACCACACUGUAUUACAUAUAUACAGAGUAAAAGUUUUUCAGCUAGUGCUCAUUUUGGAAAGAUCUAAUAAAAAUUAUAUGAAUUUUGUACACUUUCCAGAUUGAGUUAACUCUUUGUAUAUGUAGUGUUCUGUGGUAUAACUGAGUUUUGUACUUCAAAUACCAUGGAUUACUUAUUUAUUCGAUGUACUGUGUCGGUCGAGCCGAAGUUUCUCUUGACUUCUUUUAUAGUCCCUAUCUUUCUAUUCUGUAUUCAGCCUUUUCUUAGGCGAUCGGCUAUAUUUAUUUAUUGAGGAACGUUUACAAUAAGAAACUUACUUGCUCACUAUGUGCUUUGUAUUUAUAUUGUAAUAUUUAGCGUCGACCUAGGGCUGCCAGCCUACUGAAGUCAAUUUAUAAGCUGUCCUUACUAUCUAAUCGAAAAUAUUUUUUAUAAAAAUUGUAUUCGCCUCAUAAAUAAUAAUUGUGAUGUGUAAAAAUAAAACAGAGUUUUAUUUUAAGCAUUUCAGGAAUUUAUUUUCGUGUUGUGCUUAAAUUCUAGCGAGGCUAGACUAGAUGGUGCGUUAGUUGUAAUGUAAAAGUAUCUCUUACGGGAACUGUGAAACUGGCACAUAAACUAUGAUCCUCGGUGUUUCUUGUCAUAAUAAACAUAGUGCCAUUGUCUACGUCUACUCUCAGGAAUACAGUUACGAGUAUGAUAUAAUUAGUUAACCAUAAAUUAACAGCAAUAUUACAUAAAGAAUAAUAUAUUGAAUGUAAGUUAGCUCAAUGUUGGUGUAACGUAUUACCGUUCCAUUGGAUUACGUACUGGUAUGUAAUAUUUUACCGAUAAGCGAUUUAUGUGAUACGUCCAGUGAUUUUGUAUUGACUCCGCUAGAGUGGCGGUAUGGUUGCUUAAUUCACUCAUGCCAUUUGUUAACAUUAUACAUUUCGAAUAUCGAUGAAUUGUCGCCAGUUUAGUUUAUUCUCGGUGUAAGGUAACGCUGCCGAAACUGUUUUUUUUUGUAAUAGCUCGUAAAAUGACGACACAGCAUGUUAGAAAAUUUUCUACACAACUGUGGGCAUUAUGCCGCACAGUAAAUGUUCUUACGCUAUUUGUUCUCUAUAAUUCUUAACAGUUUCAAUACUUUCAAUUUCACAUAGUAUGAUUUAAGUUCUAUAUAAUAUAUGCAGUUAUCGGCAGCGUUUCCCUUAUUACAUAUUGUAUAGCACUGUUUUUUUAAUCUGUGUGCAUGGUGACCGAUACCUAAAAAUCGAUUGCACUUGAAGUCUAAUUCGCGAGAGCCAGCUAAAUUUUAAAAGUAAGAAGCAAUAUAAAUGUUAUAGUAAGUUUGAAAUGGCUGUAUUAUUUUAGUGGAUAAUAUUUUAUUAAUUUAAAUAAAAAUUCAUUUUCAUAAGGUUAAAAUACUAUUGCUAUAUGGUACACCUCGAUAAUCAAUGUUAUAUAUUAUAUUUACCUAAUUACUGUUCAAAAUGCUCAUAUUUAUAAUAAUUUAUACCAAUGAUGAGAUUGAAUUAGUCUAUUAUAAUAGAUAAUCGAGUCACUGAAUAGAGUAGAGCGUCCAAAAUCAUCGAUAUUAGAUAAUGAUAGUUUAAUUAUAUCCUUGUAUUUUAGAUACAAUUUUUUCGCAUAUAGGCAUGAGUCGGCCGGUCGUGUUUAUAGAGACCACUGGAAUUUAAAGUAAAAUAGUUUAAGGCAAUAAUUAGUAUAAGGAUACUUAACAUUUUAAUUAUAAUAUUCAUAACUUAGACCAAAUUAUUAAGUUAUAUGCUUUAUUGUAGAUGUAAUUAAAAUCUAAGCCAAAAAUUCAUUUUAUUUCGUUAUUGUAGGUUUGUUUAGCUUUUCAUUUACUUUGAAGUAUUAUUGUAUAGGACGAAUUCUGAGAGUAUUUAUUUAGUAUAGUGAAAUAAUCAUCACUCGAAAGGAUUGGUGCAAUAGCACGAGUUGUCACGUCAAUGUCCAUGUUUGUGCAAACGACAAUUUUUAUAUUUACUUAGUACGCAUUCGAAAUAUUAUGCAUAAUAUGAACAUCUAGAUUAAUAAGAGAGAUGUAAUUUUUUCUAGAAGAUUUUUCUUAACGCAAUCGUAGAAUACUUUUGUAUUUUUUCAAGAAAAUUAGCAAAGCAAUAUAUUUGAUAAAAUUAUUGAAAUUUAUCGCCAUAUAUAGUGAAAUAUAUAUGUAAAUCAGAAAAUAUAAAUUUGUUACAUACACCUCAUAA